CAUCUCAGUCAGCUCUUCAGCCUCUGAAUCACAGACACCACCGACUCUACGCGGAUUUAGCUAAACAAAAACGCGCCCCCUGCACCCUCAACCUUGAUAUCCGAUAGCUGUCUGUGUUAUUUAACAGAAAAGGUCGUGGUAAAUUAAAAACUGACGGGUUAGAGGCACAAAAGAGGCGUCUGCGCACAUCUGCAGCCGUUAGCGGUCUGAGCUAACCGCAUCGCGCGUCGCAUCUCGCCCGCAAGACAUCGGGCUGAAUAACUGUGUGCUUCAUAGUCCUCAUCCACAUCAAUUAAACUGAACGGUACAUCAGAAUCGCAGCGGGUUCGGCGGAGCUGUCCGGCUCUUGCUUGCACUGCAGGCCUGGGUGUGGGUGCGGAGAAUGCUAAAGGAUGAGUCAGAGGGACACCCUGGUUCAUCUGUUUGCUGGAGGCUGUGGUGGCACUGUAGGUGCGAUUCUGACAUGUCCGUUGGAGGUGGUGAAGACGAGGCUGCAGUCUUCUUCAGUGACUCUUUAUAUCUCUGAGGUUCAGCUCAGCACUGUGAAUGGGGCCAGUGUGGCCCGCAUGUCCCCACCGGGACCUCUGCACUGUCUCAAGUUAAUACUGGAGAAAGAAGGUCCUCGCUCACUCUUUAGGGGGCUGGGGCCCAACUUGGUGGGAGUGGCUCCAUCCAGAGCAAUUUAUUUUGCUGCCUACUCCACAGCCAAAGAGAAGCUGAACAAUGUUUUUGAUCCCGACUCCACACAGGUGCACAUGCUGUCUGCCGGUUUAGCAGGGUUCACUGCCAUUACAGCAACCAACCCGAUCUGGCUUAUAAAGACUCGAUUGCAGCUCGAUGCCAGGAACCGUGGAGAACGGCGCAUGAGUGCAUUUGAGUGUGUCCGGCGGGUCUAUCAGUCAGAUGGGUUACGGGGAUUCUACAGGGGCAUGUCUGCAUCUUAUGCUGGCAUAUCAGAGACUGUCAUCCACUUUGUCAUCUAUGAAAGCAUUAAACGCAAACUCAUUGAGUCCAAGGCCAACGCUAACAUGGAUGAUGAAGAUGAAUCUGUAAAAGACGCUUCGGACUUUGUCGGUAUGAUGCUGGCUGCUGCCACAUCCAAGACCUGUGCCACUUCAAUUGCUUAUCCUCAUGAGGUUAUUCGUACCAGACUACGUGAGGAGGGCAGCAAGUAUCGUUCGUUCUUCCAAACUCUAAAUAUGGUGGUCCGGGAGGAGGGUUACAGAGCGCUGUACCGAGGCCUCACUACUCACCUGGUCCGACAGAUCCCUAACACUGCUAUUAUGAUGUGCACCUAUGAGCUGGUGGUCUACCUGCUCAAUGGUUAACAGAUGGAGAGAGAGACCAGGAAAGAGAGGGAGAGAGAGACAGAGCAAGAGAAACGAACAGGGUGAGAAAGCAAAAGCUAGAUGGAGACCGAGAGAGAGAUUGUCCCAGGCUUAGACCAAAGGAAGUAGAACAAAUCCUAGAAACGCAUAGUCUCCGAGAACAAGAGGGAUUCAAGCCUGUCAGACUGGAGAGCGAUGGCGAACAGAUACGCUAAAGCUGUCUGUCCGUUUGUUUCGAAAUGUUUUACGAAAGUCCGUUUUGAAAGGACAAUCAAAGAGGAGAAUGCUUGAAGAAAAAAAAAAACCCAGCCUGCAUUGGCUGGAAUUUGAAAGAGCAUUUCAAAAAUCAUUUUAUCUGAGCCAUUGUUUUAAUAAAACAAGAAAAACAUUUUCAAGAUAUGAAAUGACUGAAGGUCUUUGAAGGAGGAAAAAGCACAAGAAUGUGUUUUUCAGAUGUGGCACAAUAGCACGGUAAAGGAUGUUUUUCUUCAUUUUCACCAUUUCAUAACAAUGACGUUUUUGCCGUUCCACUAUUUGUUCAUUCAAGCAUUCUCCUCUAGAGGUCACCUUCCACUCUUUCCAAGCUGGCAGAUGGUUGUCCGCGCACAAAAGUCCAUUUGCUGUUGUUAAAUUGACGGUCACGUGAUCUGUGGCCCCUCAUGUGCUUCAAACUGAAGUGUUUCUUCGUUAGGUUCGUGUUAAGUUUAACCAUACUUAUUUUGUGUGUGUUUUUCGAUGAUCAUACCGUUGUCCUAAUAUCAGUAUAGUAUAUACUUAGGGGUGGUAUUUUUGAAUUGGGAGAUGUUGUCCUGCUUGCGUCACUGGGCCUUUUUAACUGAGAUGGAGCUGAGUUUAUCGCCACCGUUCACUGCUGCAAAGCCUCUACUUGAAUCCCAAGUGUCGGCGAGAGCCAGACAUGAAUUUACAGAUGGCUAAAUGGUAGUGGCUAAUGCUAACCCUGAGCAUGUUGCCUACAAACAACAUGCCAAGUUGUGACGACAUUAUUCGUCGUAAGGCAAUAGUCAUUUUUCCACUUUUAAGUGGGGAAAGCUGCAGAAUUGUUUCCCACCCUAUGGAUUCCUCUAACAGUGGCUUUUGACUGACCGUUUAUGCACUUUGUGGCCUGUCUAGGCUUGCGCAAAACUUUUUUUUUUUUUUCUGUUUGGAACAAUUUUUGAUCUUGUAUUGUAAAACAUAGUAUUACUAUGUAAGCAAGACAGUGUUUUGCUGAACAGUUCCCUUUGGAAGUUAUUGUACAGUUCAGUGUACUAAACUUUUAGUGAAGGAUAUUCUUGUAUGUGUAUAUACUGUAUGUAUGCAUAUCAAAUAUCCAGUGUUCAUAACUUAAGUCCUCUGAUUAUGCAGUAGUAUUAUUUGAAUGACUGCAUUUGUUUCAUAGAUUUAUCACAGAAGGAUGUUGUGAAACUCAUUUUGUUGAAUGUUUAUUUUUUAUGCAUUUUAUAUCAUUUUGUUUAUCACUCCCUCGUUCUGGCCCUGGACUCACUGCUUGAAAUGGAGUCAAAAAAAUAAUUUUUUCCAAGUGUUUUCAUCUCGCUUGUUUGUUUACAUUACUGUUGUCUGUACUUUCACACCCUCAUGAUAUGAAGGAUCUCAAACUGUUCAUGUUAGCGAUUUAGACGUUAUCCACAUCAUUUCCAGACAGUUAAUACCCAACACGCAGGCUUAAAAUUAUAAUUUAAGGUAAUUAUAUUAAACCUCGUGUUGGUAGAUCCCAUAAAGAGCCUCAAAUGGUCUUUAAAUACUACUUUUUUUUGGAAGCAGCAGCAAAAACAUGGUUUUGGUAACAUCCGUCAUUCAUUUCAUGCAUUUCAAUGUCUUUUCUGUCCAGUUCAAGUCAUCGAUAUCUGUAAUGCUGCUAAUGAAGCUCUGGAACACUGUAAUGCUCAUUACCACACAUUGGAUUUCGUUACUCAUUAUACACACAACAUUAUCAGAUCUUAUGCAAUUAAUGCUGGACUCGUCACAACUAAUGUGAUCUCAGUCUGCGAUUUGCUAAAUACUGUUCUAACUGAUGAACAAAAAGCAUUUGUUUUUGGAAAACAGCAGCUUGUUUGGGCGUGAUGUUUUAGUGUAAUUAGAAUAGACUGUCGUUGAUGGAUUAGUUAAAUUAGUGCAUAAAUAGUUGUGUUGUAUCUAAAGUCGUAAUGCCCUUGUGUUAGAAAGUGAUCUCUUGCAAACAUGCAUGAUGCUCUAAGUUUGCAUUCAACAAAUGCACUUGUAACUUCACAGUCUCGCAGAGACUUUAAUGGCAUUACGAAGAAAUUCAAGCAAAAGGCAUUUUCAGAAAGUGGUUUUGGAAUAUUCAGGUGUCAAUGUUGGACUGAAUGGACAGACUUGAACAUUCUAUUAACUGAGCCUAACCGAUUGACAGAAAUACUGAUUAAUCAUUUCAUCUUCAUUUCACAUCUAAUGGCAUAUUCAGCAAUUUUCAUGUGUGGUGUCUGUAUUGCGCAGUCUAACAUGACCAACACUAACAAAUUGUAUGUCACACCUGUUGUUUUAUUUCUUUUCUUUUCUUUUCUUUUUUUUUUUUUCUAGUUGUUUUUAUGGUAAUUGUGGCCUAUUCUUUGCUGGUUAUGUGAUUUAUCAUACCUCUUUUUGUACAAACUGUCAAUAAAAAACAUUGGAAAACUCA